AUGAUGAUGCCGCUUUCAAUCGGUGGCGCCAUCGCCAUGCUCGUAGGCUUCAUCUCCUCAGGCUACAUGCAGCCCAAGUACAUCGUCGACGUUGAACGCCUCAACAACAACGAGAAAAUAGAGACCGUGAGACCAGUCAAUUCAAUGCUGAGACAAGCCAUGUUCGGAAUGGGCAUAGUCGGACUAGGACUAAGCGGAGCUCCCAUCAUCGGCAUUGCCAGCGCAAUCAGUCCAUCAAUCGUGCCCACAUGCCUGGGGCUCACUACUGCCAUUUUCGGAGGAGCUUCCCUGAUGGCUUACAACAUGAAGAAGGAUUCGAUGCUAAAAUACUCAGGAGUGCUUUUUGGCAGUCUGUUGGGUCUGAUCGGCCUGCAGCUUGGCGGUUUGGCUGCAGCUAUGAUCAUGGGUCCCAAUGUUUUCUCGACCAUGAUGCUCAGCGGCUCCAGCUAUAUCGCAGUGGGACUCUUCUCGGCAUUUAUCCUGUACGACACCCACGUCGCCAUCAAGAUGUACGAGCAAGGCACUCCUGACCACCUCGGCAUGGCCACCCAGUUCCUGCUGGACAUCUGGAACAUCUUUAUCUCAUUGCUCAGAAUUUUCUCUGAAAAGUGA